CAAUUUCCACCAUGAGCCGCAACUUCACUAGAAAUCUCCAGACUACCACUAGGACUUUGGUCCAAUUCGUCGGCUGUCCCCUCGAUGAUAUUGUCAACGGCUAUAUGUGGCGAAAUUCGACAGAAGCAAUCUGCAACGCAAUAGAGCGAGCUUCUCACUCAGGGGCUAUCCAGCUCCCGGGACCUUCGGUACUUGGUUUGAACAGUGAAAUAGUGGUGUGGAAAACAGGGCUUCCCGUCCGCUCAGCCGUACUUAAGCCACACGCCGGCCGGUUAGUAGUUGGGUGGGUGACCACCAGCGAAUCCCGGCUGUUUAGACUAUAG